AUGUCUCCCUUCCAGUUAAUGUUCAGGAAAGCUUAUCACUUACUAGUGGAGUUGGAACACAAAGCACUGUGGGCAAUCAAGUACCUGAAUUUCGACUACAAGACCGCAGCUGAAAAGAGACUACUUCAACUGGAUGAGCUAGACGAGUUCAUAUUCUUUGCAUACGAGAGCGCAACUCUCUACAAGAGAAGAAGAAGAAAUGGCACGGCAAGAAGAUCCUACCUCGAGACUUUAAGAUGGUCAGGACCGUUCAUUGUGAAGAACUUGAAAUCAUAUGGAGCAGUGGAGAUCAGUCCACUGGAUUCUGACAAAAGCUUCACCGUAAAUGGUCAAAGGCUGAAACUAUACAUGGGAGGAGAAAUUGGCUGGGGAAGAACAACCACUGUUGCCCUUGUAGAG